UAAAAUAUCAUCAAAAAUAAUCUCUUUUCCCAAAAUCCUCUAAAACCUCUGCUCACUCACCACCAUCAUUUCUGACAAAAACCCACUUCUUUACUUAUUCCCUUGUUUCUCUGCACUGUCUCUCUCUCUCUCCUCCAUUCUUUCUCUCGAGCCUAGGAAAAUCCUAGAACCAACACACAUAAAAGAGGCUAAAAAUAACGGAUACUACUAAAACUAACGUUACAAUCUAAGCUUACUUUAUUUCAUAAAAGCUCAAAAUUCUUAUUAUCAUUCUUACUAUAAAGUGAAAUAAAAAAAAAGUGAGAAUAAGUGUGUUCUUUGGCUUCCAUUGAAGAAAGAAGUAAGCUUUAACAAUGGCUUGGAGAUUUCGACUCAUCUUUGCUGCUUCUCUCCUCUUAACUCUUCUGGCUCUAUGUAGUGGCAGCAAGAUUGGAAUAUGCUAUGGACGAAAUGGCGAUGAUCUCCCAACUCCUGAUAAGGCAGCAGAGCUGAUUAAGCAGCACAACAUCAAAUAUGUCAGAAUCUAUGACUCCAAUAUUCAGGUUCUCAAGGCAUUUGCCAAUACUGGAGUGGAGCUUAUGAUUGGGGUCCCAAACUCUGAUUUGCUUGCUUUCUCUCAAUUCCAAUCCAAUGUUGACUCCUGGCUGAAAAACAGCAUCCUCCCGUACUAUCCAACCACAAAGAUCACAUGCAUUACAGUCGGUGCCGAGGUGACUGAGGCCACUAAUAAUGCCUCUACCUUUGUUGUUCCUGCCAUGAAAAAUGUCUUCACGGCCUUAAAGAAAGCCGGCCUACAUAAGAAGAUUAAGGUCUCGAGCACCCACUCGCUUGGGGUCUUGUCUCGAUCAUUCCCACCUUCAGCUGGGGCCUUUAGUAGCCACUUUGCUUACUAUCUGAAACCCAUGUUAGAGUUUCUUGCUGAGAAUCAGUCACCUUUUAUGGUUGACAUCUACCCCUACUAUGCAUACCGAGAUUCCCCCACAAAUGUUUCUUUAGAUUAUGCCCUCUUCCAAUCAUCCUCGGAGGUCAUUGAUCCAAACACGGGCUUACUAUACACAAACAUGUUCGAUGCACAGAUCGAUGCUCUCUACUUCGCACUAAUGGCUCUAAAUUUCCGAACCAUCAAAGUUAUGGUGACUGAGACGGGGUGGCCUUCAAAAGGAUCACUAAAGGAGACAGCUGCUACUCCAGAUAAUGCACAGAUAUAUAAUACGAACCUCAUUCGCCACGUCAUUAAUGACACAGGAACGCCAGCUAAGCCGGGAGAGGAGCUCGAUGUCUAUAUCUUCUCGUUGUUCAACGAGAACAGGAAGCCGGGGAUGGAGUCUGAGAGGAAUUGGGGUUUAUUUUACCCUGGUGGGACGAGUGUUUAUAAUCUUGAUUUUACUGGAAAGAGUGUCACGGAGAUGGCUAGUGGGGUUAAUGGCACCAACACUACAGAACCAACUUGGUGUAUUGCGUCAUCAAAUGCUACCGAGGAAGAUUUGAAUAAUGCCUUGAAUUGGGCUUGCGGACCAGGGAACGUGGACUGUACACCGAUACAACCUAGUCAGCCUUGUUAUGAGCCUAAUACUCCAGUUUCUCAUGCUUCUUUCGCGUUUAACAGUUAUUACCAGCAAAACGGAGCCACUGAUAUUGCUUGUGGUUUUGGAGGAGCAGGUCUUAAAGUUGCCAAAGAUCCAAGCUACGACAAGUGCCUGUAUCUGACUGCUGGGAAUAAGAAAACUUCUGCAGCUAGUAAUAUGAGUGCUACACCUUCAACCGCCAUAGCUAUUCAGCGGCACCCAUCAUUCUUUCCGUGGAUUUUUACUUGCCUGCUUUCACUUCUUCUGUCAAUUGUAUGAAAAGAGGGGCUUCCAAGAUUCAGAAGCACACGUCAUCCGAGAAAGAAUUGGAUCGGACGCUGUCAUUUCCUAAGGUGGGAGUGUAUGUCAAAGAUAAUGCCCUGCCUAAGUUUUGUAUUACUACCAUGUAAAUGGGAUGGUUUAAGGCUAGGUAUUCCAACUGCACAUAUUGUACUAAUUCACUUUUAUUGCAUGAUUUUGGACUACUUGGAAGUAAGCACUUUGUCUCA